AUGUCCACAAAGCUCUUCAUUGGUGGCCUUGCCUGGCACACCGACGAUGGCACUCUUCGCCAGAAGUUCGAGGAGUUCGGCCAGGUCGAAGAAGCCGUCGUUGUCAAGGACCGCGAUACUGGCCGCAGCCGUGGAUUCGGCUUCGUGCGGUUCUCGCAGGAGUCUGAGGCCGAUAACGCGAUGCAGAACAUGAACAACGUCGAGUAA